UUAAAUAAAGAUAACAGCCCGGCUUGCACAUGUAGCUUCUAUGCCCUUGUGGAGCUCGCAUGUUGCGCGAUAUGAUGCAUGAUGCCGCGCGGUGAUGUGCAAUCCGCAGGUGCUUGCUCAUUAAUACGGGCACAUACACAUGUAAAAUAUUUCUGCACAAGGGAGAUCUUUCCCGGUACCCCGGACCCUUUUACAAUAUGCAAGCCCUGCGUGCACAAACCUCGCGUUCUCCACAGACUUACUCAAAAACAUGUCCGAUUCUCAGCCGGGAACUGACCCGGUGCACCACACGGCGUCCGAAAAGCCCUGGGGACGUCCCCACUCGUGUGUCAUGCGCGCAGCGGCAAUCGCAACAACAAGGAGUAGAGGCGUCUAGGGCGGUAACGUCGGCAACCCCGGACGCGCCAGAGCCGGUGGUGGAGCGCGUCAGCAACUCAAGCGGCAGCCGAAAGGCCUUUGCCAAGGCCUUCACCUCGCUGCUUGGGCUACAGCUGGCCAAACCCGAGGACCUGGAUCCAGACACGCUGCGAAACCCGCCCUUUCCCCGCUACACCCCCGCGCUGUCCGAGCUCAGCGUGCAGCAGCUGCGGCCGUACUUCCUCAAUCGCACCUACACAGACACAGACGUGAGCUACUUGACCUCUUGGCUGUCCGGUGGGCUGCUGCUGCGCGAGCUGCUGCGUGCCGCGCCCGAGCUGCUCCGCCGCCACGACUCCGCCGUGCUGCCGGUGGCGUUUGGCGCCAAGAUGGACGAGGACAAGGAGGUGGCGGCGGUGUGGGGCGAGAUCUGGGAGGAGGGUGUGUCCAGCGAGCCGGCGGCGCUGCGGCUGUAUGCGGGGGAGGUCAGCGGCCUGCUGGUGGCGGAGCUGGGCAGCGGCCAGUGGGGGCGCAAGAAGGCGGGCGCAGAGGCGGUCGUACGGCUCAUGCAGGUGGCGCCAGAUGCUCUGGGCGACCACGGCAAGCGCCUGGUGACUGCCCUGCUCGCCGAGCUCGGGGUGGGGCGGCUGUGGGAGGGCAAGGAGGCGCUGUUGGCGGCGCUGGCGGCGGCGGUGGGCGCCGACGUGCGAAUGGUGGCGGGGCAGGAGGCGGUGGUGGUGGCGGCGCUGAUGGCGGCGGCGGGCCGGAAGAAGGUGAGCUACCGCACCGCCGCCCUGGCCGCCCUGGAGGCCUGCCUCAGGGGCCUGCCCGGGGACCACUGGGCGGACGUGGCGCCGCCGCUGCUGGCGGCCGUGCGCAGCCACUGUGAGGCCGGAGCUGCAACGGGCGGCAGCGGCGGCGCCGAUGGCACAGCUGCCCCCGCUGUUGCCGCCACCGCGACAGCCGCCGCCGGUGGCGGCGGCGGCGAUGCCAGCAACCCUUCAGCGGCGGAGGUGGAAGCCGAAAAGCCGCUGCCCCUCACUGAGUCCCUCAACUGUCUCGCCGCUGCCAUCGCGCGCGUCGGCAUGGUGGGCAGCGGCGGCAGCGCAACGGCGGCGGCGGCUGCUGGUGCUGUGGGCUCUGGCGGCGCCGGCGCAGAGAUGGAGGCGGCGGCGGCGGCGGUGCUGGCGGCGGCUGGUGGUGGGGAGGGUCUGGCGGCGGCGCUGCGGCUGGUGCUGGGUGCGCAGCUGCCGUGGCAGCCCAAGCUGGCGGCGGCCGGGGCGGCCACAGCGCUCGCACAGCGCUGCACGGCUGCGGGUGUGCCGCCGGCGGCCGCGGCUGAGCUGCUUGGGCCGCUGGCGCCUGGGCUACUGCAGUCGGCCCAGGACCACAAGAUCCAGCAGUUCCGGCUGGCGGCGCUGUCCGCCCUCACAGCCAUCGCGCAGGCCGCGGCGCCGCCGCCACCCCCUGCUGCUCCCACUGCCUCCGCCGCUGCCUCCACAGCAGCCGCACCAGCCGGGGCGGUGGCGGUGGCGGUGGUGGGCUGGAGUGCGGCGGACCGCUGGGUGCUGCUGCCGGCGCUGGUGUCUGGUCUGGUAGCGUUGACGGAGGUGGACAAGAGCGCGGCGGUGGGCGCGGCGGCGGCGGGCGUGAGGGCGGCGUUGGAGCCGUGGGUUUCGGUGGCGGCGGAUGGAGAUGGCGCGGCUGGAGAUGGUGGUGCGGGUGGAGAUGGUGGGAGCGCGGCUGGGGUAGCUGCUGCGGGGGCUGCCAUGGACACGAGCGCGUGAUUGAGAUGCGAUGGAUGCACUCUUGUGUCAUGCGCUGGUGGCUGGACGGGGGGCGGAGUUUUAUGAUGAGUCGCGCGAACAUGCGGAGCGGUGCGUGUGCAUGGGGCAUAGAGGUCGCGAAGGUUCCCGCGAAAUGGCGCCGAGCCAUUUCACACGUGCUCUUGACGUACGUAGUAGGCGACUGCGUGUGCGGGGUCGGCAGGUCCAAUGAUGUGCUCGGCUACGCAACCUUGUACUGUUUUCCAGCCACCACGACCACGCGACCUUCUCGGUGUACGCCAGCCGCCGGCGCCAUUCAUCACACCUGGUCGCGCAGUCAGCAGCACCACUGCCAUGCGCUCCGGGGCUGCAGCUAGCGGGCCCCCAGCGGGCAGUAGGGGACCGGCGGGCAGCAGGCGGCAGUGCCCCACGCGCACCAGCAGCAGCAGCAGCACCCCAUGCUGGAUCCAGCGCUGGCGUACGUGCCGCGGCCGUACUGGGACCCGCAGGGCUGAUGGCAAAUCUCAGACCGCUGGAUUGAUACUUACGAUCCGUCCGUGCACGCGGGGAGCAUAUACAGCAGCCUCGGGUGCGGCGCAGCCUCCGCGCACGUCUGUCCACCCGCACGCAGUAGGAGUUAGCAGGUGGCCGGCGCUUCCGGACGCGUGACGAGCGAGAUGCCGUUGCAACGGGGCUAGCUGCAGUGUGUACCGUAUUAGCGGGUCGAGCAAUGCAUGCAUGCGCGCGUGAGCACGUGGUUUGGUCGGGGCUGGCUGGCACGAGUUUGAGCUGGAGGUAGGUGGAAGGAUGGACCACGCCAAGGGGCAGAUAAAAGAGAGUAGGCAGGUGGGCACAUUACA